UCUUUCUAUUGUUUCUGUGCGUCAAAAAUUCGACAUUUCUUCGUUCUGGUGAAUAAUUUCAACUGGGAGUGGUUAAAUAGCCAAAAUGUUUCUAAAUCAAGUGCGAAAUAUUCAGCCUUACAUGAGACUAGCUUUGGCUAGUCCUCCAAAAAGAUGGUACGAAAAGACUGUUUUACAGACUUCAAAACCUCAAGAAAACGACUUGAAUAUUCAACAAAAAGCAAGACCAACUUCGCUUCGUAUGGAUGAUAAGGAUCCUGUCAUAAGAGAAAUAUAUUCUGCCGCGCGAGUCAUGCCAAUGAUGCUCACUAAUAAAGAACCUAUAGUGUUGCCUUUCGAUGACGUCCCAGGUCCUAGGGUUUUGAAAUAUAUAUCAAGUUUUCGUCAGUAUCUUUCUGAGAUGGGUACUCAACUAACAGUGGGUGCACUGACGGUAGCACUUAACAUUGGAACAUAUUUGAAUACUAAAAAGCCGUUGAAGAAUCUUUCUACCCUUUUCGAUGAGUACGGACCAGUAGUAAGAUUUGUAAGCCCCGUGGGUGGAGACAUCGUCUUAAUUAACCAUCCAGAACACAUUCAAAAAGUUUACACCAUGGAGGGUGAUUGCCCUGUAAGGUCGACUCUGGACUCGUUAGAGAAAUACAGAUCGGAACAUAGAAAUGUUAUUCAUGGUGGACUGUACACUGCGAGGCGUAACAUGAUGCUACAUCUGCAUCUGCUUUACAACCGUCUUCUUGAAAUUGACGGCUUUGGUCAUGGUGAAGAGUGGAAUCGCCAAAGAGCGGUCGUGUUAGGGCCACUGCACAGUUCAGUCACACAUCAUUUAAUGGGAAUUAACGAUGUGUGCGAACAUUUUACGCAGAAGAUAUAUAACUUGAGGACUUACCAGGAUGACCUGGCAACGGAUCUCUAUAAAGAGCUGCAUAAAUGGGCUUUUGAUUGCAUGGGAUUGGUGUUGUUCUCAAAAAAGUUUACCAUGCUGGACACUGAGCUGGUGUACAGUCAGUGCGAUAUGUCGUGGCUGUACCACAGCCUGGACAAAGCCACUGAUGCGAUCGUCAAGUGUGAGUCUGGUCUCCAUCUUUGGAAACUGUUCCCGACACCCGCUUGGACGUCCCUAGUUAAAUACUGCGACAGCUUAGAUAAUUUGAUUGGAAAACAUGUUUUGGAAGCGGAACAAUCUAUGUCUUUUACUUCUAAAGAAGUUUCCGAUAAAAAUUCUUUGAUUAAUGCUAUGUUGAUGAGUGAAGAAAAAAUGAGUCCCGAAGAUAUUUCUACAAUUAUCAUGGACAUGCUUCUUAUUGGAGUUAACACUAUUACUUCUUCAAUGUCAUUUUUAUUGUAUUACUUAGCUAAGUACCAAAGAGCUCAAAAGUUACUAUACAAGGAAAUAAACAAUGUUACCACUAAUUUAAGUGUAAACGAUAUGGCUAAGAUUGCUGAGAUAACACCAUAUCUUCAAGCUUGUAUAAAGGAAACUUUGCGAUUAGUUCCUCCGAUUCCAGUGCUAACAAGAAUUCUGCCGAGAAACAUAACUUUGGACAGAUACAAUAUACCACGCGGUACUCUAAUAAUUAUGUCCACCCAAGAUGCAUCAAUCAAAGAAGGAAAUUAUGAAGAUGCAUCCGUAUUUUACCCAGAAAGGUGGCUAAAGGAUGACGCGAUGGAAUACCACCCGUUUGCUUCUAUACCAUUCGGUUUCGGAGCUCGAAAGUGCCUGGGACAGAAUAUUGCUGAAACUAUGCUGUCCCUAAUGACGAUUCGGAUUUUGCAAAGAUAUAAACUUGAGUACCUGUAUGGAGAUGUCCAAUCAACAAGAAGUUUUAUAUCUAAACCGAAUAAGCCACUGAAAGUUAGAUUUAUAGACAGAGUGUAGACAUUUGCCAUGAUGGAAUAAAUAUUUCAAUAUCUAAUUGCUGCAAGUGUAACAUUUCAGUCAAAAUAAAGAUAUGAUGUGUAACUUAAA